AUGUCAUCAAUUCCAUUAUAUUCAUCAUUAUUUAAUAAAUAUAUUAGUUUAUCAUCAAUUGAUCGUAAACAUUUAUUAAUACUUCAUAAAUCUGUAUUACAUUCAUCAUUUAUUGCUGAUUAUAUUUUAACUAAUUAUUCAAUUGAAAAUGAUCUUGAAAUGUGGCAACAUCGAAUAUUAAUUGAUGAUAAAAAACUAACAAAUAUAAAUAAACUUAAUCAAUAUGAAUUAGUAUUAUCUCUUUAUUCUCGUGGUCUUUAUCUUCAUUUAAAUGAUAUGGCAAAAGUUUUUCAAUAUGAACAAACAAACAAUCUAAAUAAAGUUGAGAAAACAAAGUUGAAAAAAUUAAAUGAAAAAAUUGAAAUUAAUGAAAAUAUUUUAAAUGAUUGGAAAGAAUUAUUAUAUAAAUGGAUUCAAAUUCAUGAGAAACUUUCGAAAUCAAAUCAAAUAUCUACAAGUUUUCUUGUUCAUAUAACAUCUUUACUUACAAAACAAUAA